CUCCUGGAGCUGGACUGUAUCCUGGAAUAAUAGAAAACAAACAAUAAAAAUACGAUAUAGAUAAUUACAUUUAUUGCUUUGACUAAUACAACGCAAGUACAGAAUUUGGUUUUAGUGCAGUGCGUUUGCUUUUUUGUAUCAAUAUAAAAAGAUUAAAAGGACCUAACACGCUUCCCUGAGGUACACCAAAACAAUUUUCUAUUUCAUUUAAGAUCAAGUUAUAUUUUCAGGUAUUGUUAAGGGCUCCAGUGACAAGUUUUUUAUGUUUAUUUAUUCACUGCAGUAUAUGUUAAUAUAUGACUCCCAGUUAUUAAUAAAAAAAAUAUUUGUUUCAGCUACAGAAUCUGCAGAAAGUUCAACUUCGAUAGCAAGUAUUUUUUUCGAUGAGUAGGUAUUCAGUUUAGGUUCUGUGGAACGCAAAUUUGGUGACACCCUGUAUGUCAUGCAAACACUGACUGUUCAUGAAUGAACAAAAAACGCACUCCCCUAAAUUGGCAAAAUCACCAUCGACAUAUUUGUCAUUAUUUAUUGACAUAUAUGUAUACCAGCCCUGAUGUAUAUAUAAUUUCUGAAUUAUUGAUUAAACAUAUUUGUUUUGUAAAUAAUAUUCUUAAUCGACAAAACUGCUACCAUGGCAGAAUAUCCUCCCAGGAGUUGUGGCCCUUGUCCUCAUUUAGCUCAUUUUGCUGCCAAAGAAGAACCAAAAAACAAAGACUGGUUAAGUACAAAUACGAUUCCCAAACCUGAUAUUUCUUAUAACGAAAAAUCGAGGGUGCACGACUCUCCUGCUUUAGCUACAACUGGAUCAUCUUUCCAGCCAGAUUUAAAGACCGAUCCUGUUCCUGGUAAGGAAGUUAAAUUAACGAAAAUUAAAAAAAUGGACGAAGAGUUUAUGGGUGGAAUACCACCAUGCCAUAUGAACAAUGAACCACCAAUAUGUUGUCUACCAGGAGCCGACCCGGUACAAAGGGGUUUAAUUCCUAAGGGAUUUCAAAUUUGUAAAGAGAAAAGAGAACAGGACAAACUUUUAAAAAGUUACUUAAAAGAAAGCGACCCUGCCGUUACGGCCCAAGCGAUGUAUGCCGCCGUAGGAAGAUCUCAUCCAUCUCACCCAGAUCCUUCUACUAAAGUCCCAGUACCCAGUGAACAUCGACCAGAACCCACAGAUGAUAGUUCUCUACCUUGCUAUUUACCUCAACCGCAGGACUCUAUUGCUCAUGUUAUGGAGGAGAGCAUGGGACCAGUAGGGCCAUGGGCUACAGGAAGGGUCGAUUGGGGACCACUGUCUGGACUUACAGGCAUUAGACCUAUAGUGGACAAAUAUUCUAUAGCAAGAUACAGCGAAGGUGAAUGGCGAGGUCACAAUAAAAAAACAUUAGAUGGGACUCUUUUAGAAUUACACAGAGCAAAUUUGAUAGACUGGAAUGGUCGACAAUGUCUUCAGCAAACUUUUGCUGACGCGGACAAAAAUCAAGAGGACAACACCAAAAGAUUGCAGCAAAGGGAGUUGGAAAUCCACAGAUGGAAGUGUGAAGCGGAACGAGCGAUAGAAGCAGCUACCGAGGAACUUUAUUUCAUGGAAAACGAUAGACAUAGAUUGAGAGAAGCCUUUAACGUGCUGAAUUUACAAAAAUCUAUUGCAGGUGAAUGUCUUGAUCGUCGUACGAGUAGAAUCGACACAGAUUUGGUUAGAGACGAAGUUGAAGAUGAAUUAAUUAGAGAAGUGACUUUGAUAAAUGAAGUCAGAGAAUUACUGACAAGAACUUUAAAAGAUGUAGACAAACAAAUCAUGGAGGACAAAACCGCUAAAGGUCGAUUAGAAUACGAUUGGAGUGACAAGCUGGUCGCUCAUGAAAUAGAUUCUACCAAUAUGGCUUUAAAUACGAGGUCUACGAUAUUGAUGUUCAAACCAGGAGCGGUUCGCUUCUCUGAUGAACAAUCUACGCCCGAAUUUUGGGAGCAUUUUAUCAGGGAGACCGUAAUUGCAGGAGAAGCUACCAGACAAAGGUCAGCAACACUAAGGAAUACAGUAAAUAACAUAUUGUUGAAUGCAGCAAGAGAUUUGCGUAGCCAAGCCGAUCGUGCAGAAACUGCUCUUGCUAAGAGAAUAGCUUGUAAUCGGGAAAUGUUGAAUAGAUUGGAAAAUGAACUAAAAACAGUACUAAGAAGAAUUGCCGAGAUAGAAAAUUUAAAGGAUGCCCUCAAAAUUGGACUUAGAAGAUUGGAUAUUCCCGUAAAAAAAGCACAGACUCGUUUGGAUAACCGCAUGAAACGUCCCAGAGUUGAAAAUUGCAGAGAUGCUGUACAUUUCGGUUUAAUGGAGGAAUGUAAAACUUUAGGCGAAGGAGUGGCUGCGGUAACAGCUCAACUAAAUCAAGCGAGAGAUUCGCUCGCCCAGUUGGUCAAAGUCAGGCAAGAUUUGGAAAGGGAAAUUUUGAUAAAAAGAAAAACUCUGGAAAUCGAUUGCGAGAGAACUAGUCGCUUCAGAUCUUUUUAUCCAUCCGCAUCGGCUUUGACAGGACGUUAAGUUUCUUGUACAGGUGCAUGAUUAUUAUUUUUUAUACUUAAUGGUAAAUAAAUUUACUGUUUUUAUUGAAAA